CUCUUGUUUCUCCCACCGCCCGUCCCCUCUGGCCCUCUCUUCCUCGUAGUGCGCAAUUGCGGCAAGCCAAAAUCUCCCGCUAAACUCAGGACUGUCAUCAUCUACUACCUCCAUGUCACCGAGUUCGAGCACAGCUCAUUCCGGAGCCUCCCCCGUCGAGGUUUUCCGGUCGCCGCCUUCUAUCUCCAGCGAUUUCAGCGACUCCUCAUAUUCCUCCAUCUCCAACAUCACGCAGGCCUUUCCUUUCUCUUCUGGAAACCCUAGAAUCGAAGAGACCAGAGGCAUCAUGCUUCUCUACCGCGACGACGCCGAUGCCGACGUUAUCCCCACCUCCGCGUCUAAUCUCCCCGUUGGAAGGAAGCCACUUGUUUGUGUGCUUGGAGUUCCGAAUCACAUGACAUAUGCGGACUUUUGCCAGUUUUGUGGUUCAUUUAUUCAGCAUAUUUUGGAGAUGCGGAUUGUCAGGAAUGACGGGAUGGAGGAUCGUUACAGCAUUUUGAUAAGGUUUGAUGGUCAGGACUCGACAGAUAAUUUUUACAAGCAUUUCAAUGGGAGACGAUUCUCGUCGCUUGAGGUGGAGGUUUGUCGUAUUCUUUUCACGGUAGAUGUUCAAUACACUGGUUCGAUAGAACAUGCGCAAGCAUCAUCAGGAAGCUCAACUGAGCAGCCAUCAUGUCCAGUUUGUCUUGAGAGACUGGACCAAGAUAUGGAAGGAAUUCUCACGACUAUUUGCAAUCAUUCAUUUCAUUGUUCCUGCAUUUCAAAAUGGACAGAUUCUUCAUGUCCUGUAUGUCGAUAUUGUCAGCAACAGCCUGAAAAGUCCAACUGUUUUGUUUGUCAAACUUCUGAGAAUCUCUGGAUGUGUGUUAUCUGUGGCUUUGUUGGCUGUGGGAGGUAUAAAGAAGGACAUGCAAUAAGGCAUUGGAAAGAAACAGAACAUUGUUAUUCUCUUGAAUUGGAAACACAACGUGUGUGGGAUUAUGCUGGUGACAAUUAUGUUCACCGCCUAAUUCAAUCCAAAACUGAUGGGAAAUUGGUUGAAUUGAAUUCACCUUUUAUUGGAUGUCAAAGUUGCGACUGCGUAGAUUCUGAAUACAGUGAGGCACUUUUGAACAGUAAAGUAGAAGCUAUUGUUAAUGAAUACAAUGAACUGCUUGCUACUCAACUUGAGAACCAAAAAGUGUAUUUUGAGUCGUUACUUCAAGAAGUUAAAGAAGGAACUGAACGAGAAAUUUCUAAUGCUGUGGAGAAGGCUGUUCCACUAAAGAAACUGCAGGCCAAGCUGGACAGGUGCGUAAAAGAGAAGAAAUUUCUUGACGAUCUUAAUGAAAACCUUUUAAAAAACCAGGAGAUUUGGAAAGCAAAGAUACUUGAAUCUGAAAAGAGGGGGAGAAAGACUUUGAAACUAAAGGAUGAUAAAAUUAGCGACUUAGAGGAGCAGCUUGGGAAUUUGAUGAUGUACCUUGAGGCUGGGAAGACGGUGGAGCAGCUAUCAAUAUCAGAUGAAAUAAAGGAUGGGACUGCCUUGCCCGUAUCGGUGGAGCCACCACAGCCAUCAGUACGGAAUGAAAUUGGUGACACCACUGUCACUUCUCCAGAAGUUUCCAAUGAACGUAUAGAAGAGGGCUCAAAGACUAAUAACAGGAGGAGGAGACGCUAAGGUUGAAGGAACGACGCAUUACUCUGCUUCCAUUUCCUAGGUUAUGUGUCAGCUAGGGUGGCCGGUUUUUUCUGCUCUAGUUUUUUAAGGCCAAGUUGUGUACGGUAAGGUGGAUACCGGCUUGCUUGGUCGCAAAAUUAUGUUGAUGGGUGAUGGUUACUGAAAAUUUCUGCACUCUCAUUCCUCCAAAACAAUGCUCAAACGGUCCUUUACCCGGCUUUUGAUGGUGACCGGUAAAGGGGGAUCGAUACUUGUACAAAUGAUGUUCAGAGGAUUUGUAUUACAAAUUUGUGUAUAUAAUUACUCACAACACUACUUAAACGCC